AUGUCUGAGCACACACCAGCACCCUACAGACCUCGUUCUGUCUACGGCUAUGCAUUGUACAUCGGCUCGAACAUGUUAUUCCUCCUAUACCUACUGUGGGCAGUGGUCCCCGAGAAUUUCCUCCACGACAAACUGGGCCUAACAUAUUGGCCACUAAAAUACUGGGCAGUGGCUAUUCCCAUCUGGGCACUGACUGCAAUAGCAAUUUUUGCCUUCAUCAUUUACCCCGGCAUCAACAUGUUAAUGACCCCGGAUAUCGAUGACAUUAGAACUAUAAAGGAUCAGUACUCUCUCGUACAGAGUGAGCCCAUACCUGGAGGCAGUCCACCAGUCUCUGAUGUACUUAUUACUGAUGUUUCUGAAGUACUCCCUACAAUUCAACCUACCAAGUCACUCCCGCCAUUUACCGAAGAACCUCAUAGGGUCUGCACGACUAAAGUUUGUAAUGAUACAGCUUCCAUGAUCAUCACAAAAAUGGACAGAAACGUGAAACCUUGCGACAACUUUUACAGGUUCGCCUGCGGUAACUAUCUGAACAAUACACUCAUCCCACCUGAUCGAGAAACGAUGGAUGCCUUCGUAGAAAUCGAGAUAGAAAUUCAGAAGCAGUUGCGGCCAGUCCUCGAGGAGCCGAGUCUCCCCACGGAACCUAAAGCAUACAAACUUGCAAAGAAGUUGUACAAAUCCUGCAUGAACGAAACUGCAAUUGAAACUCAAGGUCUCAAGCCACUUCUCAGUAUCUUGCAGAAACUUAGAGGAUGGCCGGUUCUAGAGGGAGACCAGUGGAACGAAGAGACUUUUAACUGGACUCAAUCGGUUUACAAUCUCAGCGACCUGGGAUAUUCUGUCAAUUACUUCUUUGAAAUUAGUAUCGAAGCGGACUUGAAGAAUACUACGAAGCAUGUUCUUUAUUUGGAUCAAGCAUCCCUGGGGCUAUCACGUAAAUACUUAACCGAAGAUUUAAACAAAACAAUAGAGUAUUGGAGUUACAUGGUGAAUAUUGCAGUGAUGCUUGGUGCCAAACAAGAAUUCGCUGAGAAGGAACUGGUCCAGUCUCUCAAAUUUGAAAUGAAAUUAGCUAACAUUUCUCUACCAGAAGAGAAACGCCAUAAUUACACGCUUCUCUACAAUCCUAUGACAAUCGCCCAGCUCUCCCAGACGUACCCCAGCAUCCCCUGGAAGAAGUACUUCAGCCGCCUGCUUCCACCUUCCAUCCGAGUGGACGACAGCGAAAUCGCUAUCGUCGCAGUCCCCAGCUUUAUCACAAAUCUCGAGAAACUCAUGAAAGAAACUCCUAAACGAAUUCAAGCCAACUACAUGAUGUGGAGGGCGGUAGCAGCAUCACUCAACUAUUUGACUCCCGGCAAUGGGACACAAAGGGAAUCCAGAUGGAAAGUGUGCGUUAAUAUCGUCUUAGAACGUCUCUCCAGAAGUGUUGAUGUUCAGUACGUUCGGAAGUACGUUCGGAAGUACUUCAAUGAGGAUGCUAAAAAGAAUGCCAUUGAGAUGGUUUAUGACAUGCGGAAGCAAUUUAAUCAAAUCCUGCAGAAUCUUGACUGGAUGGACGACGAAACGAGGAAGAGUGCACUGGAGAAGGCUACUUCCAUGACCAGCCAUAUUGCCUAUCCUGAUGUGCUUCUCGAUGAGAGAAAACUCGAAGAGUUCUAUCACGAUUUGGAGCUCAGCGAUGAGAAUUACUUCCAGAAUAUUCUGAAUCUUACGUUAUUCGAAACUAAGUAUUCAUUCAGUAAAUUGAGGAAACCGUUUAAUAAGAGCGAUUGGGUGACACAAGCAAACCCGACCACUGUUAAUGCUUUCUAUUAUGUAGAGGAGAAUAGUAUAUACCUUCCGGCUGGUAUUCUCCAGGGUGCUUUCUUCAACAACGAUCGUCCAAGGUAUGUGAACUAUGGUGCUAUUGGCUUUUUCAUUGGUCACGAGAUAACCCAUGCAUUUGAUGAUGUGGGACGACAGUUCGAUAAAGAGGGAAAUCUUGUCGACUGGUGGGCGCCUUCCAUUAAAGAAAAAUACCUCGCUAAGGCACAAUGUUUUAUCGAUCAAUAUGGAAAUUACUCAGUCGAAGAAGUUGGGUUGAACUUGAAUGGAAUAAAUACUCAAGGAGAGAACCUUGCAGACAACGGAGGAAUAAAGCUAGCCUACUUAACUUACAAGGAUUGGUCAGCCCGUAAUUGCCGAGAGCCAAUGCUCUCCAGACUUCCCUACACCCCAAGACAAAUGUUCUGGAUAAGUGCAGCUAGCACUUGGUGCGAGAAGCACAGAAUGGAAUAUCUCCAGCAGUUAGUUACCGUUGACCCCCACAGUCCUGCAGAAUUCCGUAUAUUGGGAAUGCUGUCCAAUAUGCCAGAAUUCGCUGAAGAUUUUAAAUGUCCCGUAGGAUCCAGAAUGAAUCCAAAGAAAAAAUGUUCUCCGUGGUGAUUUUUCAAUCAAAUCCGUAGGGGCACACUGGAAAUAC